GAAUGUUUUACAAUGGCGACUGAAAGUUGAGACUGAACGCAGUAAAAUGACCUCAAGAACUCGAAAGCGUCCAUCUUCUGCAAGACGCAACAUUCAGAUAGAAACAUUCUCUCCAUUUGUUAGUGGAGGAAGAUUGAGACUAGUACAGAGUCAACUACACAACAGGAGUACUGAUGAUGCUGAUGCUAUAUUAUGUAUAAGUGGCAUUGAUAGCAGAUACAAUGAAGGAACUACAGAGCUCUUCAAUUAUCUUCUCUUUGGAUUUUUUGAACUACGAAAGAAAGAACUGGAAAAGUCAGGAUUUGAAGAGGAGAUUAUAGAUGAUAUUAUUAUCCUGAUCAAGAGGAACGAAGUACAUGUGUACUGUAAUCCAAUCAACUACCAUUAUUUAUUGCCCUAUGUUAGUCACUGGAGAAAUAUCAGAUUUCACUGUAUGACAGAUACAGAGUAUGAAGAUGAAGAGGCCGCUGAGGAAUUUAAAAUUCAUUCUUUUGUUGCCAUGGUUACCAAUUGUAGGAAGAUUGGAAUUCCUUACAGUACCUCAGGCAGUGUACACAGCUUUGACAAGAUGGUUGUAGAAAAGUGGCCAAUCAUACAGGCAUAUGCUUUAGAUGAAUAUACAGGAGGUGGAUUCUUCACCAUGAAACAUGAAGUUGUUGAUGUUAGCUCUGCUGUUCAUAAAAUCUUCAAUGAAGUGGAUCCUACAUCACUUGAACUAUUGAUAACAGAGCAAUUAUCCAUGUUUGAGAGACAGUGGAAAACAAUGUUGAUAACCACAGAUAUGGAAAUGUUAAAUAAUUCCAGACAAAUUCAAGAGGAGAAAGUUUGUGAGGCUUUAAGGAGUUACUACAAACAUGGUAAAGUUGGAAGUGAAACUUCAGUAGAUAGACAAACCAGACCAUUUGUAUUGUUUGGGACCAACACAAAGAAAACUGUAAUGGAAUCAGUCAGAACAGGGGAGACAACUGUCAAUACACCAUUAAUGAAAGCAGGUGUUGAUGGUGAUAUACCUAAAUUGAUGGUAUGUCAUGGUGUUUGCCCUAAUGGACCAAUUACUUGUGGAAGAACCUACUUUUUUACGGGAUUCUCAGACCCAUUGUCAGACAAAUCAGGCUCCCCAUCUGAAGAUGAAGAGACAAGGAUGUUAGUACAGGUCUAUGGAAUUAUGAUUGAUGCUGUGAUACAGGCAAUACAAGUUUAUGUUAAAACUCUCAGUUCACAUUUAGCAAGAGCAGCUGCUGUAGAUAUGGUAUGUGAAGAAUGUCAGAAAUUAGGCAGUCCUAUGAUUCAGAAAUAUAUUCAGAGGAGGUCUAAUAUUAUAUUUACUUUAGAGGCUCAUGAUAAUUCUGGACAAUCAUGUCCCUUACCAGAUGGAGAGCAUGUGCUGAGAGUUAAGACAGCCAGUCUUAGUUUGACAGAUAUUCCUAGUUAUAGAAAUCCAGCUAAAAUAUUAGGUUCUUUAGUGUACUCUGAUGUGUUCAUAGACUCUGUCAUUCAGGUUCAAAAGGACGAUGGAACCAUUGCAAGAGAUUAUGAAGUAUUAAAUUUAACUGGACAAAUACCAAAAUAUCUAGCCUGGUCGGUAAGAGAUAAAGGCAAAGAUCAAGUAACCAUAUUAGAGGAAAAUUUGAAAAAUAUAAAGAAUGAUGUGUAUGGACCAGUCCUGAUUUCUGGAGAAUCUGUUCACAUUGGUAGUCAUAGAAACAUCUGUCAGCCACCAUUAGAAGCAAGUUUAUUUAUGUAUCAACAUAGGAUAGUAUUAUUUUGUCCACAAACUGGUGCAGUUCUAUUAGAUAACAGUAUUAUCAAAUCUCUACAGUUCUUUGAUGAUGACAAUUCCAGAUCAGUAGCCAUAUUAUUAAUAGAGAUCAAAAUUACCCAGAAGUCAACAUUACCUUCCUACUUAGUUUCCAAUGACAACUUGAUACUAGUUUCCUUCAAUCCAAAGUCUAAAGCAUAUAAACACAUGUAUUCUGUUGUAUUACCAGAAUGGAGGAAAGAAUCUGAUUUGCCAGAUGUCAUAAAGAUACAGGAACUACCAGACUGCUUUACUCAAAUACAUGACGUAUUACAGAAUAUCUACAGCAAUACAACAAAAACCGUGACAGGAUUUAGGAAGGCAACAGCAUCAUUACAGAAUAUUGACAGAUUUCUGUAUCAUUUCUCUGGUGGGAGUGUUGGGAAUGUGCCAUUUAAAGAGAAACAUUUGUCACUGGUAGUUAAGAGGGAGACUGAAUUAGCAGAGUCUACUGGAACAUUUGAAGUGCUAUCAUCAGAAACAGAUCAGAUCAUCAUUAACAUUAUAGCUGGCAUUGAUGGAAGCCAUAAAGAAAAUCUUUGUAAUACUCUAGUCAAAAUCACCAAAGAUAGAUUUAGUGUGACAGUUUUACAGCAAGAUUUAUCACAGGCCACGCCAUUCAUACCUCAGCAGCUUAACCAAUCACUGAAAAGUCUGUCAUUAACACAUAGAAACAGGUCAUCCAUGACGGAUCCAAAACAUAAAUCUAGAGUUCUCUUAGUAACACCAGGGGUAAGUCUGUCAUUAACACAUAGAAACAGGUCAUCCAUGACGGAUCCAAAACAUAAAUCUAGAGUUCUCUUAGUAACACCAGGGUCAAUGGAUGUUUAUGAUGUUAUUCUUGCCAUUAAGAAUCAUCCUGAUUUACAAGUCAGACAGAAACUUAGUAUUGGUGCUGUCACUGUGUGUAUAGAUCCAAUGCAUUCAUUCAUAUCUCAUAGAAUGACAUUUCCAGUGUUGUUAAAUCAAUGUGCUCAAGGUUGGGUCAACUCCAUCUUAUUUACCUCAUCAACAUCAAUAAAUAAUUCAGCAUUAGAUGACCUACAGAAAUUGAUCAGAUCUGUAAACUCAGAUGUAUCAUUCUUUUUAGCAGAUAAAGGGGAGAUAACAAGGAGUAUGGAUAUAGAUGCUGUGUUGUCAGAAACAGCCUUUAUGGAAAAGUCAAAGGUCAGAGCUCGACACCUGUUGUAUCCAGGAUGGUCUUUAGGACUUCAAAAGAACUAUCCACCAUCAGUAGUCCUACAAAAGUGUGUGCUGAAAUUUAAAAGACCCUUAGAAAGACAACUCCUUAUUAACAAAUUAAGAGAGUUAAAGUCCUCAUUAAAGCCAUAUCCCUUUGAAGGCAAUGUUUACUUUGUGGAUGGUCAGGUCCAGUUUGGUGAUUCUUCACAGACAACAGAAGUAAAGUAUGCUACAUUAACUGAUUCCCUAUCUAUUGUCUCUAAUGGACAAGUAGGGUUACAGAAUGGUGAUGGACAUCAUCAAUACUUCAUGUCAUUUACAGGAUGUCAUCUACAAGAGAAAGCCCUCAAAGACUGGCUUAGAGCAUGUGCUAAACAGAUUCCGCAGAAGAAAAAGUUGAUAGAGAAAAAAGAUUUAAAGAAGGAGGAAAUAAAGAAAAUUCAUUCCCAGCAUCAUUUAGAUCCAUUACCAGAGGGUUGGUUUUAUAAUGGUACACGGUUUGUCAGCUUUGAUGGAGAGAAACAGGAAAUUCAUCCUUGCUUGGAGGAUUUCAUACAGCAAUAUAUUAACAACAAAAACAAAGAAGUGGAGAAAUUCAAUGCUAAAGCUGACAUGGAGGCCAGAAUGUUUGUUGAUCUGUUUUCAUGACAACACUGCUAUAGAUAACCAUGUGACAGUUGCAUAAUAUAUGAUUUUUGGAUGGUGACAAUCACAUACCAAAGUCAGAACCAUUUACUAUCAAUUUUGUGAAAUCUUACAUUUGAUUUAAAUAUGAUAGCCGUAUGAUAUGAAGCUAUUUGCAGAAAAAUUAGCUUGAGAAUUUUGAUAAAAGUCACAAGUCUUACUAAAGUCUGUUGAAAUUUUAUAUACCUAAUAUAUUUUACAUUCCAGGGUAUUUAAAGGUAAUAGUUACAUGUAAUUGUUCUUAGAAAAAGUUAAAAAAGGAAUAAUUUGUUUGUUAACUCAAAGAAGGGUUGAAAUUUAAAUAUCAAAUUAGACUUUAACAAAACAUUCCGUCUAUAACUUAUUUGAUUCCGUCCAUUUAUACAUUAAUAAUCAUUUUACAUCCCGUCCCCCAGCAACUGAGCAGACAUAUUUGUCAUACUCCUUGUUUCUCUUAGCUUUAUCUACAGCCACCCCUCAUGUAGUAUAAAUUGAAUUAUAAACGAAUCUCGCAGAAAAACUGAAGUACAUGUACCUGAUGAUGUUCUUCAAUUUUUGCAUUAUUGUUUUUUUUCUAAAUAUUUUUUCAAACUUCCCCAUAUUAAAAAAAAUAAUACAAAAGAAAGGAUAAAAACAGCAGCUUAUGUUUAUAUGUAGUGUUUUCUAGACUGUUGUAUUACUUUUUUCACUUUUAUAUUUUGACCAUGGUGUUGCCCAUCUUUCUUUAACUUAUAAUAUAUGCUUGCUAAGAAAUAUCUUUUGACUCUUUUUCUGCCUUUAAGCUGAAAACUUAAUUUCAAUUAGACUUUUAAGGUAUAUUUAAAAUAUUAUGGUAGUGUUUUCCUAGUAUUGUAGUUCGAAUAUUUGAAUAUUGAAAAUGACAGGAUUCAAAUAAAUGUUACAAAAUCUGGUCUACUGACAGCUACUUUUGUCUUCAUUUUUUUUUUAAAUAAAAUAUUCAAGAGAUAAAUCUUGUCUCUUGACUUACAACACAAACGAUAUCACCAAUGUAAUUUUUUUCCACAUAGGUGUUCUUUUAUAGUUUUAAGAAAGGUCUCUCUAUAUGUAUAUGCAUAUUUUUGUUUGUAUUGCUUGUACUUCAUCUUUGUAGUAUUGUGCUUUUUUUCUUAUGUUUGUUAGGCUAUGUUUUGGAAGAUAUAACUUGUGUUGAUUAUUUACAUGCUAUAUUACUAAACUAGAAAGACAUCACACUUAGUCUACUGUGGUUUCCCUAUUUUUUGUUGGAUACCAAUUUUUGUGGAUUAAUUGGGUACAGGUAAACCACGAAAUUUAAUGUUCAAAGAAUGAAAAAUUGUCUAAAGGCUUGUGUGCAGACCUCAGCAAAGAAUUGUCUAAAGGCUUGUGUGCAGACCUCAGCAAAGAAUUGUCUAAAGGCUUGUGUGCAGACCUCAGCAAAGAAUUGUCUAAAGGCUUGUGUGCAGACCUCAGCAAAACCAUGAAAUCAAGUAUCCAAGAACAGGCAAGUUUUCCUUAAUCCCCCAAAAUUGGUACCAACCAAAAAAAUGAAUCCACAGUAUCUAGACACCAGGAAGAUAAAGAUGUUUUGAUGGGCAUUCAACCAAAUAGUUACAGGUAUAGACAAAACAUAUGUGUAUCCUUCAGUAUUGUUAAUAUUCAAAUUUUUAUUUUAUUACAUUUGUAUAAGUUAUCUAGAGUUUUUACAAGUGUGAAACAAAAUUAUUUAUAUAAAAUAUAAUGUAUAAUUCAAAUCACCAGUUGUGGUAAUAGGUUAAUAACUGACUAUGAUAGUUGGGGACAUAUAUGUCUUAUAAAUGUUUAGCACUUAUAAUUUCCAACUAUAAUGAAUAUGUGAAAAACUUAAAGACAGAAAUUUGCUACAUUAUUGAUGGGUUAUAUGUAUUGAAAAAAAUAUAUUUGGGUCAAAUGAGUAGUAAUCCCACAACCCAAUACAACCACAAAUAAACUUAUCAAAACUCAAGAUAGAAGAUCUCUGACUAAAAUCUUUUGUUUAGAGAAUUACUGUACUUUCAUUUCGAUACCAUUUCAUCUAAGGAACUAGAGCUGUUGGUAUUUUUUGUUAUUUAUUUUUAUGCAUGAUUACUUUAUAGCAAUUUCGUUUUCAUUAAACUUUAUUAAAAUAAAAGUCUGAGGAUUUGUAAAUUGCAGAUGAUGUUCUGUAAUAGCAAUAAUAAUUUUAAUUCCAAAAAGGACCAGAAAAAAUGAUACUAUGGACUCAUACUACAAGAUGAAAGAAAUGUUAUUUUUUAUUCCAAAAAUCUUAUUUGCUUAUUGAAUAUUGUAAUUAGUGCAGAAAUUGAUUAAAUUAUCACCUACAAAAACAAAGUAGUCCUGUUUAUAUUUUGAAAUAAGUAAGUAUCUAAGUAGUAUAGGGGUCCUGUCGGCCAAUUGGUCGUUGAUUGAUUUAGAAUUGUAUGCAUGAACAGAAUAGUGAAAUGUAACACUUUCUUUUGAAACAAGAAUGUUUAUAUGAUAAAGUGCUAUACACCAAAAGUAUUAAAACUUAACAAAGUGCUGUAUUUUUAUAAUAUUUAUUAUUUGCAGUUGAAAUUUAUUUGAGAUAUAUAGUAUGGAAUUUCUGUUGAAGAUUUAUUUACUGUUAAGAGUUACAUGUUGGUUAACUGCUUUCAUUAUUGUAUUAUUAUACACAUUU